AUGGCAAUUCAGAUUUCGCCUUCCAUCCUCGGCGUUGCAGCUUGUGUGUUGUUUGCCGUGGCUGCCUGCGUAUAUCGUGCCCUGCUUCCCAAGCCAAUUCCUGGCAUACCCUACAACAAGGCCAGUGCCAAUCGGAUCCUCGGAGAUGCGCCAGAUCUUCUCAAGUGGCGUGCAGAGACAAAAGAGAUCUGUAGCUAUAUCAGAAAGCUUGCCGUCGAGCUCGAUUCACCAGUGAUCCAGAUGUUCAUGCGUCCGUUUGGAAAGCCAUGGGUGAUUGUCACCGACUUCUGUGAAGCUCAAGACAUCCAGAUAAAUCGACAACACGAGUUUGAUCGCUCCACUUACAUUGGCGAGGUUUUUGGGCCUCUGUUGCCUGGAAAUCACGUAUGGAUGCCCAGCAAUGAUGAAUUCCGAGCACACCGCCACCUCAUUCGAGAUACAAUGUCUCCAUCCUUCCUCCACGACGUUGUUGGCCCUGCAAUCCACUCCUCGACACAAGAUCUGCUCGCGCUUUGGCGCGAAAGGGCGCGCUUGGCCCAAGGGAGACCUUUUGAAGCCGAUCAAGACAUUAUCAGAAAUUUGGUGGAUGUUAUUCUAGUAGCCACUUUUGGGUUCGAGGUUGGCGCCAUCGCAUCGCAAACAAAGCUUAUCUCUGGAAUCAACAAGAUCGACCUUCCCUGGAAUGUCGACGUACCUGCAAUCUUCCCGACCGCAAAGGAUCCGCAAGCAUUUACGUCAGUCAGGACAUUGGUAGACAGCCUCCAGAUUGCGCUGAGGUCUCCAGUACCAAGACAACGCCUCACCUUCGCUCUGAAAUUCUAUCCCUCUUUGGUCUCCGCUAGGAGAUGGAACAAGAGAAUGAUGGGUGACCGGUUACAAGCCGCAUGGAAGAAGUUUUCUGAUAAUGCAGACUAG